AUGUCUUCUGACUUGGAACAAAAAAAAGAAUUAUUUCCUUUAGUCGAAGGGUCUGAAUGGCAACUUAAUUGGGAAGCCAAGAGAAAUAAAAUUAUUCGACCCCUGGUUUCUGAAUGUGUUGCUACUUUCUUAUAUUGUUUUUUCGGUGAUGGCGCCACUUUAUUUGUUGGAAUGUCUUCACUAAGUCAACAGCAAAAUCCAAUAUCUGGUCGGCUUAAUGUGUCACUUUCUAUCGCCGUCGGUAUCAUGUUAGCCAUUUAUUUUGGUAUACCAUUUUCGGGUGGCCAUGCAACCCCAAAUUUAACCCUUGUUUUCACUGUUUUUCGCAAAUUCCCGUGGAAACUUGCUCCCCUUUAUGUACUAGCACAAACUGUCGGUGGCUUCAUCGGUACUGGAAUGGCUUACUUGUGCUUCUACUCCACAGUUCAUAAUGUUACAAGUAGUAUUUCUCCUUUCAAUGGCACCUCUCUUGCUAACACUGAUGGUCCUUUUGAAUUUGCAUCUCUAUAUGUGGCAACACCUAACAAUUAUGUUAGCACUGGAUAUAUAAUAUGGGUCGAAUUCAUUUCCAAUGCCAUCCUCAUUCUACUCGUUUUCGGUCUGUCUGAUCCUAAAAAGAUGGUUGCUUCUACUCCAGUUUUAGUUCCAUUACUUGUUGGAUUGGUAGCUUUUCUGCUGGGCAUUGGUGUUGGCUACGAAGGAAUUGCCGUAAGCUCCGCUCGUGACAUCGGUGCUCGACUAUUUCUCUGGAUAAUUUACGGUUCUGAAAUUUGGAGAUCGAAUAAUUAUUAUUUCUGGGUUGUCUUGGUUGUUCCACUUAUUGGCUCGCUUGCUGGUGGAGCGUUCUAUGAUUUUUUCUUUUAUGAUCAUGAAAAACCAAAAGAGCAGCUACCUUGUUAA